CAAGAAUUCAAUUCGCAGCUGCACUGCAUGCAUUCAAUGUAUGUAUGUGCCGUGCAUCACACACUCGAGUAGUGAGUCGGUCGGCGUCCAUAUCCAAUGGAGGCACCAGACCAGCACCAAACAUGCAUACAGACCACACAGACCCAAUGGACGUAUCUGUGUAUGCGAUUUGCGAUCUCCGUCCGUCCGUCCGUCCGUCCGGCCAUCCCGAGCCAUGACAGAUGGACAACACGUCUCUAGCUCCUUAUUCGUCAAACUGUCUGCCUUGCCUCUUACACACACGACUGCCCAUGGAUACGGACAGCUUCAUCACUCACUUGUGUUCGCAUGCGUUGGGUCUGUCUGCCAGGACCUUGGCGUCUGCACAGUAAUUCAACUCGAUCUGCGCACACAUCCACCCACACCACACAGGCAGCCAAACACAGUGAGUGAGACACGCGCCUCAUCCCUCCCUCCAUAGUUGUGUGUGUCGACGGGGUGUCUGGUGCCUGUGGUGUGUUGUUUCUCUGCCCGGGGCCGAUCGGCACGCUCCCAGUGAAGCUGACUCACAGCCACACACACACACACGUGUGUGGGUGUGGUGUGCGCCGCUUGUGUGUGUGUGAGCAUCCCUUACUUGCGGCCCGCGACCGACAUGGUGACAUCUGCCGUAAAGGCCUUCCAUGGCUCAGCCAGGGUGCCCCCGCCGCCCUUCGACCAAUCCACCAACGUCACAGAAUCUACACACACACAUGACGGGGAGACACACAUCAGACAUUGCCCUUUUGUUGCCACGUGUGCGGUGUCUGGCCGACCGUAUGGUGCGCGUGUGUUGUCCGUGUUGACGAUGGUGAAUGCCCACUGGUCAGCCAGGGAGGGCGAUGUGGGGUCGGGCGUGUAGGCACUCGAGUGGAAUCCGCUGUACAGGCAGCCCUCGUACCUGCACACACCCACUCAGACAGGCAUGCACACAUUUGCACGGACUGCAUGGCCGUGUCCCCCUUCAUUUCUCUGCCGCUUACGUGGCCAAGGGCCGCCUGCCGGCCACAAUGAAGGACCCACCUGGACAUCCCAUCCACGCACAAGCAAGACACACAGAUAGAAAUACAUACACUGAUGUCUGUCUGUCUGUCUGUGUGGCAGUGGACGAGUGUCUGUGUGUGUGUGCCCACCUUCCGUGUCAGGGAAUGCGCCUAUGUGCACGGCGGCCUUGCAUAUGGCCGACCUGCCCGAGUAGGUGAAACAUCCCUCAACCUCGUCAUUGAACGUCGGAUCCUUCUACACACACAAUCACAGACACACACACACACACACACGAGAGCAUCUCGUCCACUGCUCCACACACACAGAGAGGGACACCUGUCUGUCCGUCCAUCUGUCUGUCUGUCUGUCUGUGUGCGUAGCCACGCACUCACUGACCGGGCAUGGAGGGCACUUUCUCCGGUAGGCAGUGAAGUCGGCCCCGAUGGCGUCGAUGAAGGUCGUGUUGCAGUCCAGCAGCAACUCAUCACCUACAAGACAAGACAAGACAAGACAAGACAAGACACACGGGGAGGGAUGUUCACACCCAGUGCAGUGCGCGUGUCUCUGUCUCUGUUUAAUUACUGCGUGGGCACCAUGAGGUUGCCUGGACAGCUUGGCCUGGUCUCCCCACCUUCACACACACACACACACACAAAUGUGUUGUGAUCGAUCCAAAAAGGGACCGGUCUGCAUUUGGCAGGCAGGGCUCCCUCCUGUGCCUCACUUGAGACAGUGCCAUUCGUCUAGCUCAGCAAAGUACACUGGAAAGGACGUGUUGCGCGUGUUGGGACAAUCGUCCUCCCUCAAUCAACCACACACACACAGACAGACAGACAGACAGAGACAAUCGGGCCGGAUGGAGUGUGAGUUGCCUGUCCUUCAGUGGCUCAGCCACUCACUCACUCCAGCAGUGCGCUGCCGAGGAGGAAUAUGUGCAGCCACAGCACCAAAGCAACGCCAAGACACCCGUCCAAACACCACCACACACACAACUACAUAAACAAUUUGUCCCACAUGCCAACAAAUCGACACACAGAAACGAUAUAACAAUGUCUCUGUCUCUCUCUGCCGCACUCACUUUAGCCCUGGACUGUCCCAAUUUGGCACGUUUGCGUGUCUCAGCGAAGACAAACACGAGCAGCGACGCGAGAAUGGCGGCGGAGGCGCCGAAGGCAUACGGCUUGGUGCGGCCGCCGAGCACCACCACAAACAGAGCCAACACACCCGCUGGCACCCCUAGCACCAACCGAAGGCCCAACAUGGGCCUAACCAAAGCGCAAAGUGCACACAAACACAUCCCACCCAUGUGUAUGUAUGUGCCGGCCGGUUGUCCAUAUGGGUUCACCUGAGCAGAGUGGCGGUCUGCAUGGUUUCGCCCAGCAGCAUAGCGGCAAGCAGUAUAAUGGCACACAGCGCCGCAAGCACCAACAGAGGCCACUCCACCGGCGGAUACAGCAAUGCCGCCAUCUCAACUGGACGACAGCAAUCACACACACAGACAAAAACACGCAUGCCAUCCUGUCCACAGAGCGGCCGGACCCCCUCACACACCACACCACACUUGUGUGUGUGCCUACAUCUAUUGUACAGGUUCUUGUGCGGCGCGCUGGCCUCCGUCCAUGCGAGGAAGAGGAAGAGCGAGUCCACCAUGGCCAGCAGCAGCAGCAGCGAGUGCACCACCCAUUUGUCGCACGUGAACUCCCGCGUGUAGACAUCCACCGGCUCGCCUUUGUAUUGCAUGUCGCCGAGCUGGGGCUGCUGCUGCUGCCGCCUCGAGGGGGAUUUAGAAGGGGACUUGGAGGGCGAUUUAGAUGGAGAUUUGCUGCUGGGUGAUCUGUCUUCUGGCUCCGGGGUCUCAGGCACCUGCACGAGCCGCCUCAUGUGGCUCACAAAGACGUCCUGCCCAUGCACCACAGAGACAGAGAGAACAGCACAAACAUGGGCCCGGGGAGAGAGACAGAUCACAACCGUCCCAUCCAUCAUUCCUCUCCUCUCAUACAUACAUACUUACGUCAAGGAAUGUUUCAAUGCCGCUUUCCUCCAGCGGUGUCACGUUCACUAUCGUCACAUCUGUCGGCUCGUCUCCCUUCCCCUUGGCUGCGUCUCCCUCAGCCCCAACUGGCAGCGGCAGCGUCAGUGCCCCACCUGCAGCCUCCGCAGGCUGGCCGGCAGCCGUCUCCUCCUCCUGCUGCUCUUCUGGCAGCGGCUCGGGCCUCUUGUCCGCCGCCGAGGUCGGGGAGGGCACCCCGUCAUCUGGAACGAUCUUCGAAUGGCGAACCUGGGCUGAGAUCCUCUUGCGGGCGGCGAACUCUUGAAGAUUCAUUGUUUUCUGAUUCACACAAGGUGGACG